UGUAAUUUGCUAUUUUUGUUUAGUUUCGUCGUGCGAAGACGGAAGAGAAGGUUGCAAAUCGAAAUCGGAUUUGGAGAAACCCUAGAAACCGGCGUGAGAGAGAGAGAGAGAGAGAGAGGUGGAAUCAUUCUGGGGUCGAGACGAUGAAGAGCGACUGGUUUAACUUGCAUCAGAUAGCGAGAAACUCAUUCAUAGCAACAUCAACCGUGUACGCUUCCACCGAAUUCAACUUCUCAAACACUGAUCGAAGAACCUUCUGCUUUUACGCACGAGACAGAUCUGGCUUUGUCGUUUUGAAAUCGGAGAAGGAGUUUAACAAUGCACUGAGCAAAGCUCGAGAUGGAUCUUUGCCGUCGGUUUUCUACUUCACUGCUGCGUGGUGUGGACCUUGCAGGCUUAUCGCUCCUGUUAUCUUGGAGCUCAGUAAUAAAUAUCCUCAUGUUACUACAUACAAGGUCGACAUUGAUGAGGGCGGUCUUUCAAAUGCUCUUGGGAAGUUAAAUGUCUCUGCUGUGCCAACAAUGCAAUUCUUCAAAGGCGGCGUGAAGAAAGCAGAGCUUGUAGGUGCAGAUGUCAUUAAGCUGAGGAGUAUAAUGGAACAUCUCUACAAGUGAGAGACACACUGUCACAUUUUUAUUUUUUUGUUUUCUUGCGCUGCGUCCAAGUAAUGCACCAAGUGAUUACGAACAAGGAAAAAAAAAACUUUGCUACGAUCGUUAUGGAGACUCACUGUCUCAAGCAUUUAUUUAUCAAUGUACAUAAUUUAUGUGAUUUUUUUCAAACAA